AUGGUUUUGACGGCGACGCAGACUCUCUCUGCUAAGAUCGGAUUCUCCAAUCCUCUCCUGCGACGGAACCCUUCUCCCUCACUCCGAAGAUCUCCCGUUUCUCUCUCGUUUCCAUCGACGGAGCUUCCAAAACUCACCGUUUCAUCUCUCUCCAAGCCGCUUCACCUCUCCUCUUCUCUGAGAGCAAAGUCUCCGGUGAGAUGCGAGGCCUACGAAGCCGAGAAAUCGGAGCCUGAGCCGAUCGAUGCGGCGGCGGCGGCGGAAACGAAGUCGGAGGCGGCGAAGAAACUGAAGAUCGGGAUUUACUUCGCUACUUGGUGGGCUUUGAACGUUGUGUUCAACAUCUACAACAAGAAGGUCCUCAACGCUUACCCUUAUCCAUGGCUGACCUCGACGCUCUCUCUCGCCGCUGGUUCGUUGAUGAUGCUCAUCUCUUGGGCUGUUGGGAUCGUCGAGACUCCCAAAACCGAUUUCGAUUUCUGGAAAACUCUCUUUCCGGUUGCUGUGGCACACACAAUUGGUCAUGUGGCUGCAACGGUGAGCAUGUCAAAGGUUGCGGUUUCCUUCACUCACAUCAUCAAGAGUGGUGAGCCUGCGUUUAGCGUUCUUGUCUCGAGGUUCCUUUUGGGUGAAUCUUUCCCUACUUCGGUUUACUUGUCCCUGAUUCCGAUCAUCGGUGGUUGUGCUCUCUCUGCUCUCACUGAGCUUAACUUCAACAUGAUUGGUUUCAUGGGAGCGAUGAUAUCGAACUUGGCAUUCGUGUUCCGUAACAUCUUCUCGAAGAAGGGAAUGAAGGGAAAGUCUGUGAGCGGGAUGAAUUACUACGCUUGUCUCUCCAUGUUAUCGCUCUUGAUCCUCACGCCAUUCGCGAUUGCUGUUGAAGGACCUCAGAUGUGGGCCGAUGGCUACCAAAAGGCUCUCGCCGACGUUGGACCUCAGUUUAUCGGGUGGGUGGCUGCGCAGAGUGUGUUCUAUCACCUCUACAACCAAGUGUCUUACAUGUCUUUAGACCAAAUCUCUCCCUUGACCUUUAGUGUCGGUAACACCAUGAAACGUAUCUCAGUCAUUGUCUCCUCCAUCAUCAUCUUCCGCACUCCGGUCCAGCCCGUUAACGCCCUUGGAGCCGCCAUUGCUAUCCUUGGAACCUUCCUGUAUUCCCAGGCAAAGCUCUGA